AUGUCAUUUCAACCUGGAUUUGGAGAGAGUUUUAAGAGAGAAACAUGGAUCUUAUAUAGCGUGGGCAUGGCAGGAGCUGCCUUACGAUAUGUUGCUCGUGUUCGACGUCUCGGUAUCCGCCAUCUGCAAAUUGACGACUUUAUAAUGAUGUUCGGCAUGGUAUGGUAUACGAUUUUAUGUGUGGCCUUAAAUGAGGUUGCAUCUGGGGGAGGGUCGAAUUUGAUGACGGAUGAAGACAUCGCCAACUUGACCCCGAGUAUACACGCAGAAAGAGUCAGAGGAAGCAAAUGGGUCUUUGUAUCGGAACAUGCCUUCAUCUUGACUAUUUGGAGCUUUAAAUCCUGCAUGCUCGUUAUUUAUUCCCGGAUAACGGACGGUCUCGCCCAAAAACGACUCAUCAACUACUGUGCCAUAUACGUUGCCCUCGGUUUUGUUGGCACCGAACUUGGUUUAUUUUUGAGUUGCAUUCCUCUCAGUAAUUACUGGGCUGCUCCUACCCCGAACCCACAAUGCUCAAACUAUCAACAUUACGAGAUCAUCCAAGGUUGCUUUUCUAUCACUGCUGACGUGUUUAUGCUCGCCGUUGCCAUCCCACUUCUGUUGAAAAUCAGACUACCGACGAAACAAAAACUGAUAUUGGUUGUUCUUUUCGGGAUGGGGAUAUUCGUCAUCGUCUCUGCGAUUUUAACCAAGGUUUACUGCUUGGUGCCCCACCUUAUCUCCUACGUUUAUAUGAAUUGGUACUUUCGCGAAGCUACCGUGGCUAUCCUGGUCACUAAUCUGCCACUUGUCUGGUCGCUGCUCCGAGACGUCUUCCCCGGUAUCCUGAGGAGCUGGACUGGCGGCUCAAAGAAAGCCUCCGACCGAUACUAUCCAUCCACACCAUGGUCCAACACCCACAAGUCACGGGGCAGUCGUGGAUUUGGCGUUGCAAGUCAUGUGCGGUCGACGCGCUCCCACUACGAUAUCGAAGAAAUGGGCCCAAUGCCGCAGAAAGAAGAUAGCUCGGUGAGCAUUAGCCAACGCAGUGGCGACAGCCCAAACUCUAUCAGCGAUGACGGAUCGGCUCGCGCUCUCCGAAUUCGCCAGGAAAUCACGGUGACGGUCGAAGAAGAGGCGCGACGGGAGUCUAAGCUUAUUUCGUCAGCUCAUGGGUGGAGCGACAAUCAGAUAGACGGUCGGAAAAGAUCCUCAGCCUAG